UACGCAAGAUUCUGUACUGUGUACGAAACUAUUGUCAUUGGCAGAUAUCUCAACCAGGCACUGGAGUGUGUACAGGACCUGGACCAUCUUGCUUCUGCCGAAACUAUGGUUCAAAAGUCAUGGCUCUUUGCUCUUCUCGAAUCAGCACUUUCUCCAGUCACCCAAGACAGUAUGCGCAAGAUGCUAGGAAACUGGCUCAUGAGCACUGAUAUCAGAUUGUUCAGCCAUGCUGAAGAGUUUGCGACAUUGUUGCAGAAAUCAUUCCUUCCUUGGGCCACUCAAGGUCCCUUGUUCACAGGAAGUGUUCAAGGAAAGACCAGAGAUAUGAGAUGUGCUCAUGGUACAAGACUUUCGAAUUUCCUGGAACGACUGCUACAAGCUCAUCUUGGCCGCGACGACGUUUACUCACGAAAGUGCAUUGUCAACGCUGUGCUUGUGUAUCUGGACACCAACAAGAACAAGAUUGUCCCUGUUGCAGUGAUCUAUCUGCUCCAAGGUCUGGCCAAGGGUCUUCAAGGAGAAUCUACUGCUUGUAUGGAAGGUGAAUCACUGGAAUUGAUUCUCAGUCUGUCUAGAAUCACAGGCUAUCCUGAGGUUGCGCGCGAUGCUAUGCUCGUACAAUGCUACAAACUCUCUCAGUCAAUCAGUCAUGACGCGGAGACAUACGGGGAGCACGGCACAGAGAAGUUAACUGCAUCCGAUGCCAAAUUGGAGGUUCUGUCUAAGCAGAUUGAAGCCUUCAAGAUGAAUGCACCCUCAAGGUUCGAGUCAGACGAGAAACGGUCCGCAAGAUGGGCCUCGCUUGAUGACUUCUUGGGUGAACUCGAAAACACGCAGCAUACCAGCGUCCACGGUCCUGGACUACUGAUGGCGUGUGAGUCGUUGACUUCUAUUUUGGACAGAGCUGGCAGCGAUCAUCUAGAUGCUCAAAAGCUGGACCGAGCCUUUGAAGCUGUCUGGGAUGAAGUUGAGAGACAAGAUUAUCCUAGAGAUGUUCUCAUGUUCUUGCCACGUCUAGCACUGCAUCCCGGCUGUGUCAGUCGCUGUCUGGAGAAUGAACAAUUGUGCGGCACAGUCUUGGAGGUCUUCACACAGCUCCAACGCCUGCAGAAGGGUAGAAUCUAUCUUUGGACGCCGAUUAUGAUAGCUUACAGAACAGCCAUGAUCACAUGUCCUGCUUCUGCUGAAAAGUUCGGUUUAGAUGAGUUUGUCGUUCAGACUGCAAACAACCUUCCCGCUGCAAGGCUUGAAUUCAAGCUGGAAGCUGCAGCUAUUCAGUUGUUGACCGAGGACGGAGACAUCCACCGUAGCUACAGCGACUACUACGGAGAGUAUGAAGAAGUUGGACAUGCUGCCUUCUUCGACCUCGUCAAUCGCCUCAGCAACAUCAAUUCAGCCAUGGUCAGUGAAAUAUAUGACCGUCUGCUCAAGCCGUGGACAAAACAAAGACCUCCUGUCCCCAUCGUCAUGAAAUGGAAGACCACCACGCAACUUCAAGUCAUGCUCAUGCUCUCUGAGCAACGUCUCCAGAACAUCUCUGCUCAAGAAGCGGAAGACCAGCUCCGGGUGUUGUUGAGAGUGGUCGCCAUUGAGCCACUUCCGAGAUACCGUUUCUUGCUAGAAUGGAUCAUCUCCCGCGUCAUUCUUAACCAUCCUUCCACAGGCGAGCUUGUUCUUGAUGCACUGUCGUCGAAGGAUCACCAUUCGAACCCGAAAUACCUUGGAACCCUCGUCAAAAUUGCCUUGAUGAUUGCUUGUCAAGAGACCUGCUCUCCUGACUUUGCAGCAAGAGUAGCAUACCGUCUUGUGGCUCUCUCGUCAAGCGCAAAGAUUAUCAUCCGUCAUGAAGCCCAAUGGUCGUUCCCAAUUCUGUGGGACUAUGCCGAAAGCAGAGGCUGGACAGAAAUUCAAUCCAACCCUGCCUGUGCUGCCCUGAACGAGUACAUCCGCAGUCUUGAAAGAUUCUCGGAACCACCGCCAGCUAGAGAACUUGAACGUCUUGAUCCCUCUGCUGACAACACACUCACAAACUUACUCCAGGGUAAGUACCUCCGUGUUGAACCGCCAGGUGAAGAAUCUGUUGUGACUGGCGAUUUCCAACGCCUGUGGGAGAAAGACACAACAACAAAAUCAACAUCCGAAGCCCUUCCUCUGGGUUCUCAGCCAUCGAUUCCAACACAAAAUGGCACUCUUCCCGCUCAAGCGACACAAGAGCAAUCCAAGGAAUCAGCACGUACAGAAGCAUUUGCUGCUCUCCAGACAAAAGGAACAGCAUACCUCUCCGCUGACCUGUCCUCGUCCUCGGACUCAUCAUCCACUUCCACAACCCGACCAACCUCCCUUAUCGUCGUCGGCUCUCUCGUCGACAACGCAUACAACCUCGGCGGUCUCUCACGCAUCAGCGAAAUCUUCGGCGCAGAGGCAAUGUACAUUCAAUCCCCGCAAUCCGUCCUCGGCAACAAAGAUUUCGUCUCUGUGGCUGUGGCCUCGCAUAACCACCUCCCAAUCCACGAUUUACACGCUGACAACUUGUCUGCCUUUUUGACGGAAAAGAAGAUGCAAGGAUACACUGUUGUGGGUGUUGAGCAGACUGAUCGUAGCGUGUUGCUGGGCUCUGAACAGUGCAAGUUGCCGGAAAAGACUUUGCUUAUCAUGGGAAGGGAAAGGGAAGGUGUGCCGGCGAAUGUGCUGGGUGAGUGUGAUAUGCUGGUUGAGAUCCCGCAGAAGGGCGUUACGAGGAGUAUGAAUGUGCAGACGGCGGCUGGUGUGGUGCUCUUUGAGUAUGCUAGGCAGCAUCAGGGAUAA